AUGUUGUUCUCUCAAUUUGUCGCCACUCUUGGCUUCAUCAGUAUCACUGGAGCAUUGCCGUCGCAGAAACGUUCUACAACAUACGUGCUAAAGGAACGCCACGUGGUGCCGAGAUCAUGGAGGAAACUUGGACCUGCUUCCAAGCGUGACACUCUCAAUCUGAAGAUCGGACUUGUCCAACAGAAUCCUGGUGCGAUCGAGCAGCACUUGAUGCAAAUAUCGGAUCCCACACACGAACGUUAUGGCAAGCACCUGAGCCAAGAAGAAAUUGACGAAAUCGUGGCGCCACCGAAAGAGUCUAUGGACUUGGUGAAAUCGUGGCUGGAAGAACACGGCAUUACGAACUAUGUUCCAAACAAGUCCAAGACGAUGAUCCACUGCGCAAUCCCUAUCGGCAAGGCGGAGACUCUCCUGAACACUACCUAUUCGACCUUCAAACACGAGGAUGGCACGGAGAUCAACCGUGCACCUGAGUGGUCACUUCCCGAAUUCCUUCUUGAUUCUGUUGAGAUUGUUCAACCUACGAACUCAUUCUUCCAUCCAAAACAGCAUUUGGUUUCUGACAACAAUGCUUGGCACGAUGCCGCUUGGUGGAAAUCUGAAGGACAGCAGGUCUACCCACAGGCCUUCGCAGGUACAGCUGAUGGGCAGUAUGGGCAGUCUUAUGAGUCAAACAUCAAUGGCCAGCCGCCGCCGGUGCAAGGAGCACAAGUGCCGCAGUUUGGACAAUCGCAGCCUCAGCAGAACGGACAGCCCAGUCAAGGCGGGUUCCAGCCCCCUCAAGGCGGCAACGUUGGCGGUACUAUUGAUGUCUCCCAAGUUUGUCAAGACCAGUAUGUCACACCACAGUGUCGCCGAACGCUCUAUGGAACCAUCGACUACAUCCCUCAAGCACCCAAUCAGCAGACGGUCGCGACAACAAAUUAUCUGAACCAGACUGUGAUUCGAAGCGACAUCUCACAGUUUAUGCAAACAUUCCGACCAGAUGCUUCUAACAUAGGAAAUGAAGUCAACAUCGUCUCUAUUGCCAACGGCGACGUCGAUCAGAACAUCAGCCCGCAGAAGAUUGCGGAAUCAACUAAUCAGGAGGCAAAUCUGGAUGCGGGCAAUAUUGCAAGUAUCGCUUAUCCAAUUCCGUUGACUGCAUAUCACACUGGUGGCAGCCCGCCUUUCCAGCCGAGCGCUGCCACUCCGGACAACACCAACGAGCCAUAUCUUGAGUGGCUGGAUUACAUGCUUGCCCUUGAUCAAGUCCCACAAGUCAUCAGUACUUCAUACGGAGAUGAAGAGAUGACAGUUCCCAGAUCAUAUGCCGAGCGUGUCUGCAGCGGGUUCGCACAGCUCUCGGCUCGAGGUGUAUCACUGAUCGUCAGUACGGGAGACGAUGGAGUCGGCAAAGAUGGCCAAUGUAUCGCCAACGAUGGCAGUGGCGACAAAUUUGUGGCCGUCUUCCCAGCAAGCUGUCCAUGGGUCACUGGAGUCGGUGCAACGUCGGGCUUUAACCCAGAAGUCGCCGUGAGUCGCUUCGCUUCGGGCGGUGGCUUCAGCUACUAUUUUGACGCGCCAGAAUACCAGAAAAGCACUACCCAGGCUUACAUCCAGAGCCUGGGGUCGCAGUACGGUGGUGCUUAUAAUCCAACCGGGAGAGGCUACCCAGAUGUUGCCGCGCAUGGAGAUCAUGAUGCUGUUGUAUUCAAUGGGGAGCUCAGCACUAUCGGUGGCACAUCUGCUUCUGCACCCACCUUCGCUGGAGUCAUUGCUCUGGUCAACGACGCUUUAAUCGCGGCUGGAAAGCCACCGCUCGGGUUCUUGAAUCCUUGGAUCUAUUCUGUCGGCUAUCAAGGCCUCACCGAUAUUGUCAGCGGCAGCAGUUCUGGCUGUAAUACUGCCGGCUUCCCAGCGCAGCAAGGUUGGGACGCGGUCACUGGUUUUGGAACACCAAACUUCCGACAGUUGGUGCAGCUUGCGUUGAAUGGUCCAACCGAUGGGUCUUCGGCACUACCGAGGGGAGGUCAGUGAAAUUAGCAUGCUGAAUCCUGUGCGAUGUCAAUCAGUAGGAGGGUCGUGCUCCAGCUGCCCACUUUCAGAAGGGCUUUUUGAAAUUUGCAGUGGUGGUUGUGAGCGUGCCACCUAGCUGCUUCUGGCGAGAAUUCUGAGCAUUAAACCUAGAGAAGAG